AGCUCGAAGCCGGCACCUGCUAAUUAAGCACUUGCAAGCAACCAUCUAGCUAACUGCAAGUGAGAGCUGCAUCAGCUAAUUGAGUACUACUCAGCUAAUAGGACAUGGCGUACAGAGUGCUGGAGGUGACCCUGCAAUCCGCCAAGGACCUGCGGAAGGUGAACCUGAUGACGCGCAUGGAGGUGUACGCCGUGGCCACCAUCUCCGGCGACCCGAUCACGCGCCAGUGCACGCCGCCGGAUCCCUACGGCGGCCGCAACCCCACCUGGAACGCCACGCUCCGCUUCGCCAUCCCUCCCGACUCCUCCUCCGCCUCCUCCGGCUGCCUCCACGUGCUCCUCCGCACCGCGCGCUCCCUCGGCGACCGCGACGUCGGCGAGGUCAUCGUCCCGCUCUCCGACAUCCUCCACUCCUCCGCCACCGGGUCACCCCAUGGCUCAAACUCGCCGCAGUCCGCUUCCUACCAGGUCCGCAAGGUCCACCGCGCCGAGGCCCGUGGCGUGCUCCACCUGUCCUACCGCCUCGGCCCCGUCCUCGCCCCGCAGGACCAGCAUCACCAGCAGCCGCAGCCGCAGAGGUUGCCCGUCGACGAGCAGCAGCACGUGGUCGCGUACCCGGCCGUGCCGCGCCCGUUCUAUCCCCAGCCGUACGCUUAUUACCUGCCCCCGGCGCUUCUGCCACCGUCUCCACGGGAGUCCAGAUCCGGUGGGUACAUGGCCCUUCCUGCGCCACCGCUGCCGCCAUCGCCACGAUCUUAUGAUCAUACAAUGGACCUGCCUCCGCCACCGCCGCCGCUUCACAAAGCUUAUAACGGGCAACUGUCGAUGCCGCCGCCGCCGGCGACUACUACGCCGCAGCCAUCCCCUGGGCACAAGGCGGCCAUGGAGCCGGCGACGCCGCCCCCAAAGGCGUCAUCCGGGUACGCCAGCGCCGCCGCCUCACCUGCAUGGACGCCGCCUCCGAAGGCAUCCGGGUACUCCAGCGCCGCCGCCUUGCCAUGGGCGACGACACCGACGGCCGCGAAGAACAGCGGCGGCGGCUCCGAGUUCGGUGCGGGGGCGCCGGUGGCCGGCGGGAGGAUGAUGUCCAGCGACAUGAUGGCCGACGCCGCGGCGUACAACGCCGGGUACCGGGCCGCGCUCGCUGCCGACUGGCGACGGGGAGGGACCCUGUACUAGUAGUUCUAGGCUUCUAGCUAAUCUAAGCUAAGCGUACUGCGUGCGUGCGUGCUGCAGGCUGGCCGGGUUGAUGAUCAGUUACUUAAGCUGAAUGAAUAAAGUUUGUCUGGUUAUUAGCACUCA